UGACCUGAGCUGAAGGCGGCCGCCUAACCGACGGAACUAGGCAGGCGCCCCUCAUUAGAUUUAAAACAAAACAAGCGGUUGGACAGGUAAGGGAGGGAAGUGAUUUUAGUUUACUGACAAGUCCAAAUCCAGACAGCCCUCUCCCAAACCUCCUCUGGCAUUCUUUUUACUCCGCCAGCGCGACUUCGAGGGGCGCCCACCACCACCUCAGGUCCUAUAGCAGCGGGCCGCCCAGUCCUGUUCCGGCUCCCCUAGGGCGCGGCGGACCCCCAGCUCUAAGACGUCGAUCCGACCGCUCCGAGGGCCCAGAUGCCCCGCCCACGUUGGGCCCGGGCCCCGCCCCUCUGUCCCGAAAGGCCUCUACCCUAGGCCUUUCGGUUUGCGCGGGCCAGCCCGCCGCGGGGAGGGCUGGAGCUCUCGCGGCCCCUCACGAUGGAGGAGCUGGAGGAAGGCCUGCUGAUGCAGCCGUGGGCCUGGCUACAACUUGCUGAGAACUCCCUCCUGGCCAAGGCGUAUAUCACCAGACAGGGGUAUGCCUUGCUGGUUUCAGAUCUCCAGCAGGUGUGGCAUGAACAGGUGGACACUUGUGUGGUCAGCCAACGAGCCAAGGAGCUGAACAAGCGGCUGACUGCCCCGCCUGCAGCUUUACUCUGUCAUCUGGAUGAGCUGCUCUGCCCGUUGUUGAAGGACACUGCUUGCCCUGGCAAAGUUAGCUUUGUCUGUGACCGCGUGGGCGAGGCACUGAUACUGCGGGUGCGCAGUGAGCUCUCAGGUCUUCCCUUUUAUUGGAAUUUCCACUGCAUCCCAGCUAGCCCUUCGCUGGUCUCCCAGCAUCUGAUUCGUCCUCUCAUGGGCAUGAGUCUGACCUUGCAGUGCCAAGUGAGGGAGCUAGCAACCAUGCUUCGUAUGAAAGAUCUAGAGAUCCAGGACUACCAGGAGAGUGGGGCUGUGCUGAGCCGAGAUCGGUUGAAGACAGAGCCAUUUGAAGAAAAUUCCUUCUUGGAACAAUUUAUGGUAGAGAAACUACCAGAGGCAUGCAGUGUAGGUGACGGGAGACCCUUUGUCAUGAACUUACAGAGUCUGUAUACGGCAGUCACCAGACAAGAGAUCCAAGUGAGACAGAAACAUCCCGGCAGCGGAGAUCCUCAGCCCUCAAGCAGCACCUCCCCACAAGGGACUGAAAACCAACUUCUGAAUGAGCCAGAAGAGCCAGUCUCCUCAGCGCCAUCCCUCCCAGUGCCUGAGAAAGAGCCCACAGGUCCUUCAGGCCCUGUUCAGAGACCUCAGCUGUCAAAGGUCAAGAGGAAAAAGCUAAGGGGGCUCUUCAGUUAGCCCAUCACUGUCUCGACUGCUGAGGAUGGACUAGAAGAGCUUCCUCGUGUCACCUUGAGAGGAGCUCCCGUCGCAGCAACAUCUGUGACACAGAGUUAUAUAGUCAGAGCACUCCACCCCCCGACAAGGCUGAGAUAACAGAAGUUCACACAGACAGGCCUGGGUACUUUUAACCCAGGGAAUCUUGGCUCUACCCAUUGGGCACUGGCCUUCCCUAGCCAAGUGGAAGCCAGCUUCCGAGAGUCCCAGACCUUCCUCUCUUUUGUUAAAGGUUCUCCAGACCCAGGAUCCUACCAUGGACUCUAGGCACGGAGGCCAAGUCAGCAAAAAGGCACAAUGCUCUCAGGAAGCCUUGUCCACCUUUCUCAAGAGCCCCUAGCCAACCCUAGGUGCUCCUCAGAGACCCAGUUCUCUCUUAAGCAUGGAAUAAAAAGCACUCACACUCCC